AUGUCACCUCAAUCGUCUCGCCUGACCAACUACAUCGCCUUCUCUAGGCAAGAUGGCUCAACCCCGCAAAUUGGCCAUCUCGACCAUGCUCAGCAAACUAUCCAGCCCCUGGCCUAUCUCUCGGGCACUCCCGUGGAAAAUCUGUACCAAGUCAUCGAAGUGGGCUCCCAAAACAUCACGGCAUCAGUCGACCCUGCUAUUCCGUUGAAGGAUGUAAAGGUUUUCCCUCCAAUUUCAGGUCGCGAUGUCCUGGCAGUGGGCAAGAACUACAUGGAGCACGCCAAAGAAUUCAACAGCUCAGGAUACGAUAGCUCUGAUAAGGUCGAUAAGCCCAGCCACCCUGUCAUUUUCACCAAGCGCGCGACGUCUAUCAUUGCCGAUGGCGAAGACAUCCUGUUGCACAAGGGUUUCACUGAGAGCGCCGACUACGAGGGUGAGAUUGGUGUCAUUGUCGGAAAAGCUGGGUUUCGCGUUAGUGAGGCGGAUGCAUGGGACUAUGUCUGGGGCUACACCAUCAUCAAUGACUUGACGGCGAGAGAAAGACAGAGAGACCACAAGCAGUUCUAUAUCGGAAAGUCUCCCGACACGUUUUGUCCUAUGGGCCCCGUAGCAGUGCCCAAGGAAGACUUACCGAAGACCCUUCACAUCCAGACCCAUGUCAACGGAGAGCUGCGCCAGGAUGCCACUACAGAGGACCUAAUCUUUUCGAUUCCCCAUCUUAUUAGCACAUUGUCUGCUGGAACGACCUUACAGCCUGGUGAUGUCCUCGCCACGGGAACGCCUGCAGGUGUUGGUAUUGGGCGUAACCCGCCAGUCUUUCUGUCGCCUGGAGAUGAAAUCGCAAUUUCCAUUGAUGGCGUUGGGACUUUGAGGAACAGGGUGGCAGACUAUUCCGCGGCCAACACAACCAUCGAGCGAUUUUCCGCUCGGUCAGCCCUCAAGCCCAACAACACCGCGAGAUCGAUUCAAGGCAGAUCGGGGUUGACAACGGUCAACUCAAAGCCGAUCAACUAUCAGCGAACGGGAACCGGAAAACAAAACAUCAUCUUUGUCCACGGUCUUGGCUCCUCGAAAGAGUAUUGGACACCCUUGACCAUGACACUGGACCUGAAGGAUACCUUCACGGCGCACGUCUUCGAUUUUGAAGGCCAUGGCCUCAGUCCAACUCACCCGCUCAGCAGCAUUACGUUUGAGUCGUUGGUUGCUGAUUUGCUUGGUAUCUUCGAAGUUGCCGGUGUCUCUGCCCAAUCUCCUGCCAUUUUGGUCGGCCACUCGAUGGGAUCCAUCAUUUCCGCCAAGUUCGCCAUCGAACAUCCGUCUCUCGUUAAGAAGCUUGUGCUCAUGGGGCCGCCGCCAUUCCCUCUUCCGGGGAUGAUAGUCAAAACUCUUUCCACGACGAUCUCCAAGGUCAGGAGCGAGGGGAUGGACAUCAUCCUUAGAUCUCCCUCGGGGCUUUCGGAUCACACGAUCAAAACCAUUCCUCUCGCUGCUGCGGCGGUACGAUUGGGUUUUCUUGGUCAAGAUCCCGAAGGGUAUGCAAAGGCGACCUCUGCCCUGGCCAAUGCCACGGAGGGUUUGGCCCUUGAGAAACUGGCAGUCGAGACACUGGUUAUUUCUGGACAAUAUGAAGCAGUCUCGCCCGAGAUCCGAGAGAAGGCGUACGUUGAGAAGAUCCACAAGGCUAAGCAAGUUGUGUUGCCUGAUGUGGGCCACUGGCAUCCCGUCAAAAUGCGUCUUGUUGGUGGUACGAUGGUAGCGAAGGUGUCACUACUUCUUGUCGCCAGUGCGGCUCUGGCUUCCUGCGGCAGUCAGGCCAAGACUGACCUGAACGCUGUCGCAGAGGAAUACGACUACAUCGUGAUCGGCGGAGGAACAAGCGGGCUCGUCGUGGCUAACAGACUGAGCGAGAAUCCAGCCAAAACUGUCCUGGUCGUCGAGUACGGUGACUUCCCAAACACCAUCAACGUUACUGUACCAUAUUUCACUACAUAUGAUCAGUCGGCUCGCCUUUAUAAUGUGACUUCGGUUCCACAGGUUCACCUCGGUAACCGAACCUCGCGACUCCGGAUUGGCGCUACUGUCGGCGGAGGAUCAAGCGUUAAUGGAAUGGCCUGGGAUCGAGGCUCAGUUGCCGACUAUGAUGCGUGGGAAGCACUGGGAAAUCCUGGAUGGGGCUGGAACAACAUGCUGAAGUACUUUCGCAAGUCAUCAACAUUUGCUCCUCCCUCCCAGGAGUAUGUUGACAAGUAUGGUUACGACUGGAACCGAGAUGCGUAUGGAAAUGGCCCCAUCCAAGUUGGAUUCCCUUCAUGGCAGUGGCCUGCGGCUGACCUGCAAGCUCGAGCCUGGGCCGAAGACAUCAAAGUCCCAAGGUUAAAGGACGGAUCCGAUGGCGACAACGUCGGGAUUGCUUGGUUACCUCAAAACUCGGGCGGAAAGAACGCCACGCGCUCGACAUCUGAAACCGCAUACUUUAACCCGGUCAGUGACCGCAGCAACCUUCAUCUUCUUGUACGGCAUUACGGUGGCGCGAUCAAGUUCGAAGGCAAUGCGACGGCCGGAGUUGAUGUUGCGAGCCGCGAUGGAACAAGAAUGCGAUUUGUGAGAUCGCGAAACGUGGUUCUCGCGGCUGGCGCCGUCAACACACCGCGGAUUCUCCAACUUUCCGGAAUCGGCCCCUCGAAGCUUUUGAAAGGACUCGGCAUUAAUGUUACUGUUGAUUCUCCUGGCGUGGGCGCUAACUUUCAGGACCAUCCAUCCGUCUUCAUGGUUUAUGACUUCGACUUCAACACCAUCUCCAACCCAAUUGACAGCCUAAUCCUUAUCCGAGCCGUAGCGAAGGCCCGCGCGUUCAUGUCGAGUCCCAGCGUAAAGUCGCUUGCAGCCGUUGAGAUGAUGCCCGGUCCAGGCGCCGCGAGCGAUGCCGAGAUUGAGACUAUCAUGCGCCAGUCGUGGGUGUCCUCGACUUUUGAUCAUCCAGCUGGGACGGCAGCCAUGAUGCCCAAGGAGUGGGGUGGCGUUGUUGAUAGCAAGUUGAGGGUGUUUUCUACAAUGACAUCUCCUUUAUCACAAGACCCCAUCUCUUCUGUUGACCCUCAGAGACUCGAAGAUGUCCGCAAAAAGUACGCUGAGGAGGCCAAGAAACGUCUUAGGCCCGAGGGCGCGGCCCAGUUUCUUCCCCUCAACGAAGCCCCGGAGGACCGACUUCAUUCACUUCUUGAUGAUCCUUGGGCAGACCACGCAGCUCUGAACGCAAAACCAUCGCCUAUUCCCAAGGAUAAAGCAAUUCGAUUUUUCGUCCUCGGUGCAGGCUUUGGAGGCUUGGUCUAUGCUGUUCGCCUCAUCGAAUCUGGCGUUGCCACUGCAGACGAGAUCCGACUGGUCGAUGCUGCUGGUGGCUUUGGUGGUACCUGGUACUGGCAUCGUUAUCCUGGACUUCACUGCGAUCUAGAGAGCUACUGCUAUCUACCUUUGCUGGAGGAGACCGGCUACAUCCCAUCGAAGAAGUAUGCGCCAGCUGCCGAAAUUCGUCAGCAUGCGGAGCGCAUUGCUUCUCGAUGGAAGCUAGAUGACAAGACUCUUUUCCGGUCCGACGUGCAGAGCCUGGAUUGGGAUGACGACAAGGAGCUUUGGAACAUCAAUCUUUCUGAGAGAAGAGGUCCAGGUUCAGACACCAUUCAGCACAAAGUUCAAGCGCAAUAUGUCUACCUGGCUGCCGGCGUUCUCACCAAGCCACAAGUACCUAAGAUUCCUGGCCUUUUGUCAUUCAAGGGCAACAUAUUCCACACGUCCAGAUGGAACUACGCUAUCACGGGUGGAUCUCAGGAAGACCAGUCACUCAUCAACCUGCGAGACAAGAAAGUCGCAAUUGUCGGUACCGCGGCAACGGCCAUAGGAGCAGUUCCCGCGCUGGCGAAGUACGCCAAGGAGCUUUAUGUCAUUCAACGAACGCCGGCCUAUGUCAAGCAACGAGGCCAGCAAACGACGGACCCCGACACCUUCAAAGCUACCAUCGCAACCAAGAAGGGUUGGCAGUUCGAGCGACAAAUCAACUUGAACCGGCACAUGACCAACGCUGUGCUGCCCGGUCAGCCCAACCUCGUCAAUGAUGGCUGGACUGAUAUGCCCGCUUACUCUGCGGUGAUGGGGUCUCCGGCCCAUGGAAUUGUGAACCCAACACCGGAAGAUGAAGAGCGGCGAGCAACUUGGUUCCAUGCCUUAGAUCUGCCACACAUGGAGGCAGUACGGGCUCGCGUCAGCAGCAUUGUAAAGGAUACAGCAACUGCGGAGAAGUUGAAGCCUUGGUACCCCUCGUGGUGUAAGCGUCCGACGUUCAGCGACGAAUAUCUGCAAUCCUUCAACAAACCGAAUGUCCAUCUCGUCGACACGGAUGGGAAGGGGCCUUCUCACGCCACGGAAACGAGCAUCGUAGUUGGAGACAAGGAGUAUUCGGUUGACAUUAUUAUUUUCAGCACCGGCUACUCCGUCGCUGGUGGUCGCACGGGAGGCAGCCCGGCUGGAAGGGUUGGUGUCCAAGUCCUGGGACGCAGCGGGAUCUCUAUGGAUGAUAAAUGGCGACGCAAUGGACCUGUCACCCUCCACGGAUACGCUACCAAUGAAUUUCCCAACCUGUUCUUCUCUGGUACAGCGCAAGGGACUAUUACAGGGAACAAUGUCUUCAUGUUGGGACUCAUUGCUCGGCAUGUCACUUACAUGAUAUCCGGAGCUGAGCGUCGUGUGGGUUCCGGCAAGAGAGCUAUCGUGGAAGUGACUAAAGAGGCAGAGGAGCAGCACAGUCAAGAGGUUGCCAAGCGAGCACCCUUCUUCUCCUCUCUUUCUGGAUGCACGCCAGGAUACUUUAACGGACACGGACAGGCAGCUUCAGAGGAUCCUGAGGACAAGAAGAAGCAAGCACGAGGUGUG